CCAUCGAGAGGCGAGAGCGGUCGAGCGAGCGAGCGAGCGAGGAAUUUAACAAAUUAAUCCUUUCCUUUUCAUUAUUUAUUUUUCUUGAAGCUCGCUCUCCUUCAUUUUAAUUUCAGAAGAAAAACCCACAAAAAAAAAAAAGAGUUCGAAAAUGUUCAUUGAGAGCUUCAAGGUCGAGAGCCCGAAUGUGAAGUACGGGGACCACGAGAUCGAGUCGGUGUACAGUUACGAGACCACCGAGCUGGUUCACGAGAACCGUGGUGGGUCCUACCAAUGGGUCGUCAAGCCCAAGACCGUUCAAUACAAUUUCAAGACCGAUACCAAAGUCCCCAAACUUGGGGUGAUGCUUGUGGGGUGGGGAGGGAACAAUGGGUCAACGUUAACUGCUGGGGUUAUCGCCAACAGAGAGGGGAUCUCGUGGGCCACGAAGGAUAAGAUCCAACAGGCCAAUUAUUUCGGAUCAUUGACCCAGGCUUCAAGUAUCAGGGUUGGAUCAUUCAAUGGAGAGGAGAUUUAUGCUCCUUUCAAGAGCUUGUUGCCUAUGGUUAACCCUGAUGAGAUUGUAUUUGGGGGAUGGGACAUAAGUGACAUGAACAUGGCUGAUGCCAUGGCAAGGGCCAAAGUGCUUGACAUUGACCUACAGAAGCAACUGAGGCCCUACAUGGAGUCCAUGGUCCCUCUCCCUGGUAUCUAUGACCCUGACUUCAUUGCUGCCAACCAAGGCUCACGUGCCAACCACGUGCUCAAGGGCUCAAAGAAGGAGCAAGUCCAACAAAUCAUCAAGGACAUUAGGGAAUUCAAGGAGAAGAACAAGGUAGACAAAGUAGUGGUCCUUUGGACUGCGAAUACGGAGAGGUAUAGCAAUGUGAUUGUCGGUCUCAAUGACACAAUGGAGAACUUGCUGGCCUCGUUGGACAAGAACGAGCACGAGAUAUCCCCAUCAACCCUCUAUGGUAUUGCUUGCGUCAUGGAGAACGUUCCAUACAUCAACGGAAGCCCACAGAACACCUUCGUGCCUGGUUUGAUUGAAUUGGCUAUUCAAAGGAACAGUCUAAUUGGAGGAGAUGACUUUAAGAGUGGACAGACCAAGAUGAAGUCUGUGUUGGUUGAUUUCCUUGUGGGGGCUGGAAUCAAGCCAACCUCAAUUGUGAGCUACAACCAUCUCGGGAACAAUGAUGGCAUGAAUCUCUCUGCACCACAAACCUUCCGAUCAAAGGAGAUAUCGAAGAGCAAUGUGGUCGAUGACAUGGUUUCAAGCAAUGGCAUCCUGUAUGAGCCUGGCGAGCACCCUGAUCAUGUCAUUGUUAUCAAGUAUGUGCCGUAUGUUGGUGAUAGCAAGAGGGCUAUGGAUGAGUACACAUCUGAGAUAUUCAUGGGAGGUCGCAGCACCAUUGUGCUGCACAACACCUGUGAGGAUUCGCUCUUGGCUGCGCCGAUCAUACUGGACUUGGUUCUAUUGGCUGAGCUUAGCACCAGGAUUCAGCUCAAGGCUGAGGGAGAGGGCAAGUUCCACUCCUUCCAUCCAGUGGCUACCAUCUUGAGUUACCUCACCAAGGCUCCCUUGGUUCCACCAGGCACACCAGUGGUGAAUGCACUCUCAAAGCAAAGGGCGAUGCUGGAGAACAUCCUCAGGGCUUGCAUUGGCUUGGCUCCUGAGAACAACAUGAUCCUGGAGUACAAAUGAGAGCCGAUCUUGAGAGAUCUAGGGGUUAAUAAAUUUAGAGGGAUUAGAGGAAAGGAAGAGGAAAAAAAAAAAGGAGACCCUGUUCGUAUAAGUUUCUGCUUGGAUGUUGUCGUGUUAAUGGCUUGGUUUGUUUAGUUAUGGUAUGGGGUCUGCUUCUCCUCUUCUCAAUGUCUAUGUAAUGGUUCUUAUUUUCUUUUCUUUUAUUUUUUCUUAGAUGUCUUGUAAGCCUAAACUGUGAAGGUCCAAAAUGAGUUUCUCUCAUGUAUUUGUGACCUCUUAAGUAAUAUAAGUGGUGUUUUUCUAUA